CAACAGCAAUAGUAGAUAAUACUGCGCACAAAAUGGUUAACAAAGGGAACGGUGACAAUAUUAACGGUAAACUGGCGAUCCGCUCGCCUGAAAAGUGAGACAGACUUAUGACUAGUGUUCGAAAAUCGAGUGAGAAGCCAGCUAAGAGAGAGCAAGACCGAGACAUGCAGCUGCCCUAAAGACCUCGACAAGGACGAAGGACCAACACCAACCAGAGGCAGCAGCAACAGCAGCGGCAACCAACCAAACGACGACAAUCAGUCAAGAUGAGUGAUGAUCAAACUGCGUCCAACGAUGAGAAAGCUGUCGCCAAACACCAGGUCGUUGCGUAUACGCAGAGGUCGCAGGUCAAGCACGAGAACCGGCACAUCCAACUGGUGCGGGAGUAUGGCUUCCAUCCGCGCACCAAGGCCUCCGUGGAGGACGGCGACGUGCUGCCCCGCAAGUUCGAGCCCUUUCCGGAGCACAUGUACGGCAAGCCGUUGGAGGAGAUUGACACCUUCAUCUACGAGGAGACCUUCUGCGUGGUGUCCAAGCGAUUCCGGAAGAACUACAUCCACCGCUUCACGGGCACCAAAAGCCUGUUCCUCUUUUAUCCAUGGAGUCCGGCGCGUCGAGUAUGCGUCUACAUCGCCACCAACCAGUUCUUCGACUACUGCGUCAUGGCAACCAUCUUGUUCAACUGCAUCUUCCUGGCCAUGACGGAGACCGUGGAGGAGGCGGAGUACAUUUUCCUAGCCAUCUACUCCAUCGAAAUGGUCAUCAAGAUCAUCGCCAAGGGCUUUCUGCUCAACAAGUAUACGUAUCUACGCAACCCAUGGAACUGGCUGGAUUUCGUGGUCAUUACCAGCGGCUACGCCACCAUUGGCAUGGAGGUUGGCAACCUGGCGGGGCUGCGCACAUUCCGCGUGCUGCGCGCCCUCAAGACGGUGUCCAUUAUGCCCGGAUUGAAGACGAUCAUCAACGCGUUGCUGCACUCCUUCCGCCAGUUGGCGGAGGUCAUGACCCUGACCAUCUUCUGUCUGAUGGUCUUUGCGCUCUUUGCCCUCCAGGUCUACAUGGGCGAGUUGCGAAACAAGUGCGUGCGUCAGGUUCCCACCGACUGGACGAACGUCUCGCACGUCGACUGGCAGAUCUGGGUUAACGACACCGACAACUGGCUGUAUGAUGAGGAUGAACUGCCCGUGCUGUGUGGCAACCUGACUGGAGCCCGCCACUGCCCCUUUGAGUACGUCUGCCUCUGCGUGGGUGAGAAUCCCAAUCAUGGCUAUACCAACUUUGACAACUUUAUGUGGUCUAUGCUGACAACAUUCCAGCUAAUUACACUGGACUAUUGGGAGAACGUGUACAACAUGGUACUGGCCACCUGUGGCCCUAUGAGUGUAUCAUUCUUCACGGUGGUGGUCUUCUUUGGCUCGUUCUACCUGAUCAACUUGAUGUUGGCCGUAGUGGCGUUGAGUUACGAAGAGGAGGCAGAAAUUACGAAUGAGGAACGCAAAAAGGAUCUUCUGGACCAUCGGGACGACUCCACGUUUAGCUUCGAUCCGUCAGUGCUGAACGUGAAGAAACUGAACAAAAAUAAUAAGAAGAAGAUCGACUCACGGAAAGGUGUGCUGCUGGCUUCGUAUAGCAAGAAGAAAACACGUCGAAAAAAGGCGAAGGGCGGCAAAGAAGGCGACACCAAUGGCAACGGAAAUGGAAGCAACGGCAACGAUCUCAAAUCUCACUCGGCCACGCCUAGUCCGGGGCCAAGCCCACGGCACAGCGCCACGGAACGCCCAUCGGCGCUUACUCUGCACGCUCAGAAACAGUACCAGCAAAUGGAACAACAGCACCAGCUGGCCAAAGCCAACAUUGGCGACAGCACCACUGCCACUGCUCCUGCGCCAAAGGGGCGCAUUAGCUUCCAGGAGACUAGCGUGGGAGUAAAAAACCCAAACAUGCUAUAUCCCUCGGACUACAAGGGGCAGCUCAUCGCCAGCAGCAGGCAGGCGAGCUCAAACUCCAGCGGCGUAAAUCGCGAGUCCUCACAGGACGACUCCGGUGUGGUAGACGAUCACGAGGAUCAGGAAACAACCAACGAGUUGGGCCACGUUUCCACCGUGGAGCUGGCUCUCUCCCCACGCGAAGUGCGCCUCAUCAAAUGCAAUGGGAAUAUAGCUCGCAUAAAGAAUCACAAUGUGUAUGCCUUGCACCAGGAAUUCUCUUCAGAGGUGGUCGUGAUCGAUGACCUGCCUGACCGGAACUGCGAUCGUUGUGUUCACUGGUGCUCCGACUACGAGAGCUGGUUACAGUUCCAAAAUUGCCUUUAUAAAGUUGUACGAGAUCCUCUAUUCGAGCUUGCCAUCACCCUUUGCAUCGUGCUAAACACCGCCUUCUUGGCCAUGGAGCACCAUGGGAUGAGUGAGAGUUUUCGCAAUGCCCUGGAUGUGGGAAACAAGGUCUUUACGUCCAUUUUCACCUUUGAGUGCAUCGUGAAACUAAUGGCGUUGUCCAAGGACUUUUUUCUGUGUGGGUGGAACAUCUUCGACCUGCUCAUCGUCACUGCGAGCUUGCUGGACAUCAUAUUUGAGCUGGUCGAUGGCUUGAGUGUAUUACGAGGCCUGCGAUUGCUGAGGGUAUUGAAACUAGCUCAAUCGUGGACUACAAUGAAGGUUCUGCUAAGCAUUAUAAUCUCAACGAUAGGCGCCCUCGGCAACCUAACGCUGAUCUUGGUCAUAGUCAUCUACAUUUUCGCUGUCAUCGGCAUGCAGUUGUUCUCCAAAGACUAUACGCCCGAGAAGUUUGAUCCGGACCCAGUGCCAAGAUGGAAUUUCAACGACUUCUUUCACUCGUUUAUGAUGAUCUUUCGCAUUCUGUGCGGCGAAUGGAUCGAGCCACUUUGGGAUUGCAUGCGUGCUGAAGAAGAGCAAGGAGCCUCAACCUGCUUUGCCAUUUUUCUGCCGACUCUCGUGAUGGGAAACUUUAUGGUGCUCAACUUGUUCUUGGCCUUGUUGCUCAACAGCUUUAACUCUGAGGAGCUGAAGUCAAAAAAAGAGGAAGUGGGCGAGGAGUCAAAGUUAGCGAGGAGCAUCGAACGGGUGCGUGACCUGAUUCGCAAGAAACGGCAGGAGCGGAAGGAUCGUAAAGAGCGUAAGUUCGCAGAGAAGUUUCAGCAGAUCGUACUGGAUGCUCAGCAGGCGCACGCUCAGACUCAGUCCCAGCAGGCUGCAGUGGGUCUGGAAAGGGGCGACAAAACGAAUGCGUUGGCCGAAACCAAAUUCCACAGACUGAGCUAUCAGGAGUCUAUGAAUCGGCCCGUCUCAGGCUCCGAUUUCGGCUUCCAGAUCCCCCUACACGACGGCUUACAUACGAUAGUCGAUGGUCUCGAAUAUGAUGAAACGAGAGACUUGCCAGAACAAAUCCAACUGCAAGCGCAUCCACUGCCACCUACUUCAGACUCGCUGCCACCUACCUACGAGAGCGCUAUGAUGGCCGCCGCAGCCGCCGCCUUUCCGUCCGUCAAUGGAAAUGGCAACGGGAACGGGAACGGUCAAAAUUUGACGCCGUUUGCCCAAACAGAGCGCCGGCUGCAGCACCAAAUCUCUUCGGGAGUGAGUACCCAGCAGAAUGACUCACGAGACGAGGCCACCUACACGGAGUCUAUCGAGCUGCGCCUGCUAGGUCAAUACAACUCCACGGACACGGAUCCGUAUGCUAACGAUCAGCGGAGUGGGUGUGGCUCCUUCAACCGCGGUGACUCGCUGCAGGAUAAUUCCUCGCGGCGUUACGGGAGCGAAGAGCACGACGAGGCCUACCUCAAGUAUCAGAAGUCCUUGCUGACUCGGUCACCAAGCUACCGAAAGUCACUAGAUCGCCUGUCCCAAUCUAGUGGUCAAUCGCAGCGAUCAUUGCUCAAAUCGGAGGAGGCCGAGAUGCGACGACACUCAAGCGGCCAGUCCCUGAACUCCAUCUCAAUUGAACAGGAUGAACUGCUGUCUCAGCAGGGAAACCUUCGCGAAGAACUGCUCAACUGCGAUCAAAAGGAACUCUUUCAGUUCUUGCAGGAGGAUGACGAGAUGCAGAAGGGGACCAACCUGAACCGCAUCUCAAAUGCAAUGAGAUCGCGUCGUCCUUCCAGUCAGAUGGGACAGGCGGAGUGCGAGGCACUCGUAGAACACUCUGAGUUUGACAAUAUUAUCCAGAGCUUCGAGAAGGAAUUGGAGGAGAUCAAGCGCUCAACGACAUCGUUGGAGCGCAAGCUUUCCAACCUAUCAGAACCCUCGCCGGCCGCCGAUGAAGCUACAAAAGCCAUUAUGGAGCACAUAGCUAUCAUCACUGGUGCCUCGGAGCGCUCAGCCGCCGACGAGGUGGUGCACCCAUUGAAUCCCUAUGACAGUUACGACUUGUCAAGCGUGCCACGACGUUCCCAUUCCGUUAGCUCAGCCGCUCAACGCCAGUCCGUAAAACUGAAACGGCGCAGCCUGGAAAAGCAACGCAAGAUCGACGAGGACUUCAGCAUCUCGAAUGAGAUACGCAAAAUAUGUGAUCAAAUCCACGCCCCCUUCGUCGCCAUGGAAGCUAUGGCGGUGGCAGCCACCAACGCCAGCCAGGCGACCCAGCCCAAUCAAUCACCUUUCCUCAGGCGCAAGAUUGAUCCCUUCACCGUUCAGUUCGACCGCUUCAAGCGCCUCUCCUUGAUCGAACGCGUGGAGGAGCUACCGGAGGACGAAAAGCCCAUAUCGACACUGCGCAUCGAAUCGGAGAAAAUGCCUCGCAAGUUUCUCCAUGACCAAUUGCAACUGGAUAGCCUCUCGCUAAAGAGCACAAACUCGUACGAAAACCUCCUGAUCCAGAAGCAGAAGCUUGGAAUGGCCACUCCUCCCGCCGUUCCCGCCACUCCGCCCACCUCUUUGAAAUCGAGCAUCGAGCCACCGACACUGGCGCAAAUUUCAUCGCUAAAGACCACCCCGCCGCUGGCUGCUCUAACCGAGCACCAGCAGCACUUUCAUGCUACGAGCAUCCAAGCAGCACCCACUCACGGCCACGCCCACGCCCAUGCCCAUGCCCAUGCUGGGCCGCGGCGGCGCCCGGAGCAUCCACAAUCGACGCUAGACAAAGCCGCAUCCUUCCAGUCCGCUCGCACCGAGUCGCACAGCUCGGGAGCGGCCGACACGAGCUCGGCCCUUGCCCUGGCCAUGGCCCAUAAGACUGAGCAGUCGAAGUCGGCGGCGCCAGAAGCUACUCAAAAGCCGUCGGCAUUCACGCGACUGACCGAAAAACCAUGGCAUUGUUUGGUUUCCUACGUAGACGAUCUCACUGUCGGUGGGAGACGUAACUCGCAGGGAGCUUACAAUGAUCCCAUGACUUUUCCGAGCUACGGAGCCACGAAGGCGCCUAAGGUGCCCGACGACUGUUUCCCCCAGAAGUGCUACGAUCACUUCUACUUCCGCUGCCCCUGGUUCAUGAGCUGUAUGGACACGCAGAGCGCCAAGCACUGGACGCGCGUGAGGACGGCUGUCUUGACGGUUGUCGAUACUCCGGCCUUUGAGUGGUUUGUGUUGGUGCUGAUCUUUGCGUCAAGUAUCACGCUCUGCUUCGAGGACAUCAACCUGGACAAGAACAAGACGCUGAAGCGCGUACUGUACUGGAUCAACUUCUCCUUCUGCUUAAUAUUCGUCGUGGAGAUGAUUCUCAAGUGGCUGGCCCUGGGCUUCUCCAAGUAUUUUACCAGCUUUUGGACCAUACUCGACUUCAUCAUAGUGUUUGUAUCGGUUUUCUCGCUGCUCAUCGAGGAAAAUGAGAACCUGAAGGUCCUGCGCUCACUGCGCACUCUACGAGCCUUGCGCCCCCUGAGAGCCAUCUCUCGGUGGCAAGGAAUGCGGAUUGUAGUAAACGCUCUCAUGUAUGCAAUACCAUCAAUUUUCAAUGUACUUUUGGUUUGUUUGGUUUUUUGGUUGAUCUUCUCAAUAAUGGGUGUUCAGUUCUUUGGUGGUAAAUUUUUCAAAUGCGUCAAUGAGAUGGGCGAGUUGCUGCCGAUUACUGAGGUGAACGACAAGUGGGACUGCAUCGAGCAGAACUACACAUGGAUCAACUCCAAGAUCACCUUCGACCAUGUGGGCAUGGGCUACCUGGCCCUGCUGCAAGUUGCCACCUUCGAGGGCUGGAUGGAGGUAAUGGCCGAUGCUGUCGACGCACGCGGAGUGGACCUGCAACCGCAACGAGAAGCCAACCUUUAUGCGUAUAUUUAUUUUGUUAUAUUUAUUGUGUGCGGAUCGUUCUUCACACUCAAUCUGUUCAUUGGAGUUAUCAUUGAUAACUUCAACAUGCUCAAGAAAAAGUAUGAAGGAGGAGUGUUGGAAAUGUUUCUCACCGAAUCUCAAAAACACUAUUACACGGCUAUGAAAAAAUUGGGACGAAAGAAACCACAGAAAGUUAUUAAGCGACCUAUAAAUCAUUUUUUAGCUAUGUUUUAUGAUUUAUCCAAUUCGAGAAGGUUCGAGAUCGCGAUCUUUGUACUGAUUUUUCUCAAUAUGCUUACCAUGGGCAUCGAGCACUACGAUCAACCGCAUGCUGUUUUCUUCAUUUUGGAAGUGAGCAAUGCCUUCUUCACCACCGUGUUUGGUCUGGAAGCCAUUGUAAAAAUCGUCGGCCUACGCUACCACUACUUUACGGUGCCGUGGAAUGUAUUCGACUUCCUGUUGGUGCUCGCCUCCAUCUUCGGUAUCCUGAUGGAGGAUAUCAUGAUAGACCUGCCCAUUAGUCCAACAUUGCUGCGCGUGGUCAGAGUCUUUCGCAUCGGGCGUAUCCUGAGGCUUAUUAAGGCCGCCAAGGGCAUCAGGAAGCUGCUGUUCGCACUCGUUGUAUCGCUGCCUGCCCUCUUCAAUAUUGGAGCCCUACUGGGACUGAUUACCUUUAUCUACGCUAUCCUGGGAAUGUCGCUAUUCGGACACGUGAAACUCCAAGGCGCCCUCGACGACAUGGUGAACUUCCAGACUUUCGGGCGCAGCAUGCAGUUGCUGUUCCGGUUGAUGACCUCGGCCGGAUGGAACGACGUCCUCGAGUCCCUGAUGAUCCAGCCGCCCGACUGCGACCCCUUCAUUCACGGGCAGACAAACGGCAACUGCGGUCACCCGCUGCUAGCUAUCACCUACUUUACGAGCUUCAUUAUCAUUAGCUAUAUGAUUGUGAUAAACAUGUACAUUGCCAUUAUCCUGGAGAACUUCAACCAGGCACACCAGGAGGAGGAGAUCGGCAUUGUAGAAGACGAUCUGGAAAUGUUUUACAUUCGCUGGUCCAAAUACGAUCCACAUGCCACCCAAUUUAUACACUUCUCGCAACUGUCCGAUUUUAUUGCCUCUCUCGAUCCACCAUUGGGCAUCUCGAAGCCCAAUAAUGUCGCUUUAGUGUCAUUUAAUCUGCCCAUUUCAAAGGGCAAUAAAAUACACUGUCUCGACAUUUUGCACGCGCUCGUGAAGCACGUGCUAGGUCAUGUCGAGGAGACCGAUAACUUCAAACAGUUGCAGGAACAAAUGGAUGUCAAGUUCAAGAAACAGUUUCCAACGCGAAAAGAAUUGGAAAUUGUUUCGUCGACGCGGAUCUGGAAGCGCCAGGAAAAGGCGGCGAAGACCAUUCAGACGGGCUGGAAGGAGUAUUUGCGGCGCAAGCGCGAAAAGGAACGCUCAAACUCCGGGGACAGUGCUACUCAAACCUCCAGCCCAGGCGGAUGGCAAUCGAAGCUCUCUGCCUUGAACUUUUUCCACCUUCAGGUGAGUCGACGUGGCACAGCAUGCUCCAGUCGGGCGUCGUCUCGAAAGUCCUCACGUGCCUCGGACGCAUCUGAUCUUAGCGAACUAGCCGGACCUUGGCUAAACCUGCCCCUGAUGCUCGUCUCGGGGGCCGACGACGUAGUCAAGGACAUCAAGCAGCAGAGCGACGAGCUGGGCAAACGCAAAUCCUCUUGUAUCUCCCUAAACUAUGAGUCCCUGCUCGCAGACAUGGUCACUGCCGUUCUCAGAAGUGGCUCGCAGCCUAGUGGCUUGAAUUACCUAGCUGCUAUGAACAACACGACCAACACCACCUCAACCUCCACCUCUGGCACGACCUCCUCCACCGCCUCCGCCCCAGCCACUGGGUGUGGCCCAGCAGCCACCUCCGCCUCCGACAGCGACCGACACCAGGCGGUGGGGGGUGGGUCGGCUCCCUCACGUAAGCGCGCCUCUAGUUUCAUUCGCAAGAAACCGCCCCUAGAAAGAGGUUUGUCAGCACAAAGCGCUUUAAGAGUAAACAAGAACGCUUUUGUCUCCGAGGCGCCAGCCCCUGAGGUGAUCGUCACCAGGCCGUCACCUGACCAGCAGACACAUCCACAAUCGCUCAGCCUGCGUCCGGAUAACGCCACUCUGGUCCAUGUCCUGGUCCACCGCGAGAGCGAAGAGUACAAGGAGGAGGAUGAGAGCAGCCCGUCCUCGCCCGGAAUGGGCAAUGGUAUAGGCAGUGGCCUGGAGAGGCUGGCCAAGCAGGCUCCGCCUCAGAUACGCAUUAGCACGGGAUCGGUGGAGAGCGCGAUGGACACUUGUGCGAUGCCCUCGGUGCAAAUUAUGGUAGACAGUCCCAAGGAUCCGCCCCGUGGCGACUUCAGUGCCGAGUUUGCGGCUCACGCUGCGACGGCUAUUGAAGACGUAGAUGUACCCAUCGAUGUUAAUAUCCAGGGUGAUACCUCGCAAGUGUUUUACGACUAUAAUCCGGACAAAGCCACUGGCAAUGAACUAGAUGGGGAGGAGGAGAAAACGGCGCAGGAUGAAGCAAUUGCAAAUAGACAAAGAUGACCUCCGGUCAACAUUUCGCAACAGGAUUCGGAGCAACGCUCCAGCAGUGGUAGCAAGAGCACUAGCAGCAGCAGCAGCAGCACAAGCAGCGCCAGAAGCAGCUCGUCGUCCUCGUCGUCGUCGGCGGCAUCGGCAGCCGCUCCUUCAGCGCGGCGUCCAAGCUGACAACCUCCAGUCUGAGUGCGUAUUCGAUGCCGAUUCCUGUGUGCAUUUGUGUCAGAAUUCGUAGUUUCUUAGGCUUAGGCAUGGGGCUCGCCCCUUUGUUAUCAUAGUCGAUUACCUAUAUAAUUAUAUACUAGUCGCUUUAUACGAUAUACAUAUAUACACAUAUACAGAUACGGAGCUAUCCAAAUUUAUACAUAUAAUAUCAACUUAAGGAGGAAAUCAAUAUUAACUAUGUUAACAAAACGUGCAUUAAACCGUUGUAGUACUCGAAGCAAAUCAAAAGUCCGAAUGAGUCGGAAUCGCCAUCAUCAUGGUUAUUGUCACAAUCAGAAUUGAGGAAGAGGAGAUUUGUCGGUAGUUUACUGCCCGAUUUAGUCGUAGUCAGAUUGGUUGGCCCACCAAGGAUGGAAUAGAAGCGAGGAGUGCGAGCAAAGCAAGCCAGAGAGACUCCUAUUCCCCCUGCCAUGGGCCGACUUUCUUGAACAUUUUCGAAGGUUGUUUUUGAACUAUACAAUACAUAGAGAUUGGCAUUACAUGCAUACAUUACAAGUGUAACUAACUGUCGCGGUUAGUCCUAGGCUCAUAACGGUAGUGUUUGUUUUCUCAAUUAUCGAUUAUCGACCUGCAUAUACGAAGGUGUAUGUGGAUAGUAUAUAAAUACAUUUUGUACAUAUGCCAAAGGAAGUAUUUUAAACUAAAGAGCUAAUACUAUAGUUACAGACAUAUGACAUUAGUUAGAGACAAUUUAUUGAAAUAUUUAUAAAGGUUUUCGUUACGAUAGCGCAGAAAAUUGCCGAUUAGCAAUACGAUUACGAUAGCGAAUAUUAUCCAUUACCGAUUGUUCGAAGUACAAAAGCGAAGUAUUAGUAGAUUUGAUUAUUAUUAUUAUUAUUAUCAUGAUUAUAUUGUAUUGUACAUAUUUUACGGCUCCUCCCCGAUCCAUUCCAUCUCCUUUCCUCUUCUACAUCCACUAACAACAGUAAGAACUAAGCCAAAAACCAUGUCAAGUGAUUUUGUACUCAACACACUCUCACAUAUUUAAAUCAAAUAAUCCCAGUCGGGAUCUAGCAACUACACUGCACUGUAAUCGAAAUCGAAAUCGAAAUCGUUAUGAUACCAAUCCAAUGGAACCCGAAAUCAAUCAGCAGUCCUACCUAAGUACCAGUGAAAGGCUCUUUUAUGAUUGUGAAGCUAACUUAGUUUAUCUCCUAUUAUGUAUAGCCGAAAUAAAACAUGCGAAUCAAAAGCAAGAUGCAACCAGUACGGUCUCCUACACGAAGAACAACCAACAAGCUUCCACAAAACUCUAUUUUAGCGAAAAAAAAUAAUUUACAAUUUACACUCUACUUCUUUGUACGACUUUGAUAAUGGUUAGGUCGGGCCAAGUUUCCAAGAAACUCGCCUUGUUUUGUUACUUUUUAAGUGUUGUUCUCUCUUUUAAGUCUCUAAGUCUCCAUUGUGAUCGCAUUAAGUUAAAACAUCGAACAGGAAAGAGUUGAGAAGUAAAUAAUUUAUACUCCGAGCUGGAGAAUAGGAACAAAUACCGAAUACUCGUACUUAUGCACACCUGCGCCAUUCAGGGCACUCCACUCGACUGCAGUCGGGUCUAUGCUACUCUUACUCUACUUUCAUAACUUAACAACAGACAAUCAGACAGCGAUUGAUAGUAAAUUGAAAUUCUAUGGUACCAACUAAAUCGUUUUCUCCAGGAACAAACAACCAAAUGAACACACAACAACUUAAUUGUGAUUUUAACUGCAAUUUUUACACAAAAAUAAAACAACUAAGGUCAUAAUUUUAAUUAGAGUUGUUAACAAACAAAGGAAACAAAACCAACAACAGACAGAAACCAAACACUCGUCAAUUAAGUGAUAUUUAAUAUUGGUACGUACUCGUAUUCGAUUGUACAUAAACGAAAAACGAUUAUGAUAAUGGUAACGAAAUAGCAAUAGAUCCUCAUCCAAACUCAAAAACAAAAAACAAACAAAAAACUAAAAAAAAGAGAAAAGCUUUAAUUUUAGUUAUCUUGAAGAAAAAAAAACAUUAAAAAAAUAUUACGAAUACACAGUGAGACGAGACCAGUCGGAGCGAUGCAAUGAUGUGGGAUGUUUAAUUUAGUCAUAGAGUAUAACGACAAUAAAAUGAACGAGGCAUAUUCAAUUAUAUAGACGCAAAUCGGGCUAUCGUUGCCGAAACGAAAAUCCGAAUUAACAGCAGGAAGGCCACUCACACAGAAACUGGGCAAAUAACGACAAACUUAGCUCUUAGAUAUAACCGAAACGAACCCGCAAUCCCAGUAGACGACGCUUUGCUCCCAGUCAAGUCAAGCCAAUAGAAAAACGAACCAAGCGAAACCGAAACAGAGGAAUACAGAACCGAAUCCUAUGCAUUUACAGCUCUCGGCACCGCAGGCAGGACAUUAGGAUGAGCUCCCGGAUAGGGCAACAGGUGGCUGCGGGAUGCAGGAACACAUAAAGUACACAGAUAUAUACCUAUAGUUAGCAAUACGGCUGGUUUAAUUAGGCAUGCCUUACAGAAUACACGAUUUUAUUUAUAUAUACAUAUUUAUUGUUGAGAUUAAAGUAUAUACGAGCGAUAGGAGUUAGCGUUUCAUCGGACACGAUACCAGCAGCAAUAGAAGACGAAUAAUACCGUUUAAAGCAGGUGCUAAGCAGUAACCGAAACAGAAAUCGUAGGAUUGUUCAACACGCUCCGAGAACUAAGUCAAUUAUUUUGAUUUGCCGCUUUUAAGGUCCUAGUCCUAGUCCUAGUCCUAGCCCUGUAACAAUAACAGCAGCGUAGAGUAAUCAAGUCGAGUAACUAAACUAAACUUUAUUAAUAAUUCGUAUUUAGCUAAGCUUAAUCAUUGCCUGCGCUCCACUCGCUCCAUACACGCUCCAACGGAUCAAAUCAGAAUUCUGGCCCGUAGCUUUUUAUCCGUUGCUGUCGGAGAUCAUUUAACACGAAAACUAGCCUGAAAAUUGUUAACAAAUUAUGGCCGCAUAGCUUGCGCACAUUUCCACUCGGAUUUCCAUCGCCAUUGAUUGCCUCGUUAGCCCUUUAGGUCCGUGAAAUUCGAUUUGGUCCGCUACGCUCAGUUCAGCUCUGACUUAAUAAAACAUUUAUCAUAGACAAGGAAGACGCAGAACAGAAAGUAACGAUUAAGAACCCAUUAACCAUAAUAUGUGACUAACACACAUUUUGAACCGAAUCAUAUCAAAUCAAAACAAAAGAAAACCAAGUAAACGGAAUAACUAAUGAAAACUCUAAGAAGCGUAAAUCUAACAUUUGAAAUUAAAUAUUUACUCGGGUACAAAUGGUACAGUAAAGAUAUUCGUUUAUACAAUAUUUACUGUCUAUAUAACCAUUAUAUACUACUUACUUACUGACAAUUAUUAAGGGUUUUGUUCAAUUUCAUUACUCGUAUGUUAAUAAAAACAAUUUCCGACUAA